AUGACAUCUAUCUCAGAAAGAAAAAGACGCCCUACGAUCAGCGACCCUGUGACGAUGCCAAGGCCGUGUGACUUAGAAACUGCGAUUAGUAAGCGCAAAAUUUCAAACGAGGUGGAUGCUCCGUGGGAUAUUGAGAAAUGGUUUGAGAGACAGGUCAAACAACUGGCUCAGUUCUAUCCAAAUCCCAAGCAAACCCUAUCGUUGACCACAACAGAGGCAAUUUUUGAACACGCCAUGGAACCGGGUGAACGUGUCACUUCAUUGCAGAAUUGGGCAGAGAAGAAUCAUGGGUUGAUGAAUUCUGUCCAAAUCCCAAGCAAAACCUAUCGUUGA